UGUGGUGCCUGGUGGUGACCUCAGUUUGGUUCUGCGGAGAUCCGAAAGUCCAGCCAAAAGGGAAAAGGCGAGCGACCAAACUUCUUUCGUAUUUUUGUGGAGUUGAUGUUCUAUCUGGAAAGUCAAUUUUUGGUGGAAAUCUUUGCUGUAGACAUUUUUGUUUUUAUUUUUUUAACGAGAGAUGCAUUUGGACACUACUGGAGAAAAGCGGCAUCUAGUGGCGUCUUUAUGCAAGUUGAAACUUUAUUCAUUAAACGUUAACAUUUCUACUUUCUACAUUAUAUACAGCAAUUUAAUGUAUUUUUGAUUGUUUAUAUUAUAAAUUUGGGGGAUGUGUGGAAUUGAUUUAAGUAGCAGCGCAAAUUAUGCCAGCCGCCAGUGGCGCUGCAGAUCCUUCCACAACAUUAACAGCUGGUAAACGCUCAUGGGGACGGAGCGGAGCUCAAGAUGGAGCGAGCAAGCGUGCUGCCAAACAUCCGAACAGGUCCAGGUCCUGCCUGAGGGCGGAAAGAGGCAGAGACACCGAGGCGGGGAAAACCAGAUCCGCGGACGGCCGAGAGGGGGAGCCCGAGAGGUUCGGCAGAGCAGCUGUCCAGCCAGUUGGUGCUGAGGCUGAUCUCACGCCGAACAGGGCGGAUGCUGCCAGAGUAGAUUCACCAGCACCACCGGGUUGCCGCUCUGCCACAGGCACACCCCGCUUCAAACACCGCGCUGACCAACAAAUCCUGCCCAACAAAUCCUCUCCUCUGAGGACAAAGGAGGAAAGCGGGCAGCGGGAGACGAGAAGCGGCGCCGCCGGGGGCUGCGGAGCGGGCCUCGACUCGGGCUGGCGGAGAGAAGGAUGCUUUCAGGCUGAGCCGAUUCACUCUCAUCCGCACAGGAGACUGAAAAGGAGAAGCGUGAAGAUGCAGACCGAAACGGAGGGCGCUGCUGGGGUGGAGGCCGCGCAGGGAGAGCCGGAUCCGGCUGCGGGGGAGACGGAGGAGGCGUCCGUGACACAGCAGGACCAGGCCCUGGAAGAGGAGAUAGAGAGGCUUCUGGAGGAAAAUGAUGAUCUCAAGUGUGAGAUCGAGGAGAUGAGGGCCGAGAUGGACGAGAUGCGAGACACCUUCUAUGAGGAAGACACAUGCCAGCUGCAGGAAAUGAGGCGUGAGUUAGAGCGGGCCAAUAAAAACUGCCGGAUCCUGCAGUAUCGACUGCGCAAAGCCGAGAGGAAGCGGCUGCGCUACGCCCAGGCGGGAGAGAUUGAUGAAGAGCUGCUGAGGAGCCUGGAGCAGGACCUGAAGGUGGAAGCCGACGGUCCUUCCUCCUCUGACGCUGUCAUGGCAAAGCAUUUGACGGAGUUACUAGUCCUGCUGCUAAUUCUGUUGCAGGUGGCGAAGGACGUGUCGGUGCGGCUGCACCACGAGCUGGAGAAGGUGGAGGAGAAACGGACGAAGACAGAGGAGGAGAAUGAAAAACUGAGACAGAAGCUCAUAGAGGUGGAGGUGACCAAACAGGCUCUACAGAAUGAACUUGACAAAACCAAAGAGUCUCAGAAGCGAAGGGGAAGCAAAGAUGUCCAGAAGGCUGACAAGAAGCCAACACAGACUCCGACUGAGGAGGAAAACGACGACCUGAAGUGCCAACUAGCUUUCAUCAAAGAGGAAGCCGUGCUUAUGAGGAAGAAGGCGGCCAAGAUCGACAAGGAAAAGGACUGCCUGGAGCAAGAGCUGCAGAAGUAUCGCUCCUUCUACGGAGAACUGGACAGUACCCAUCCCAAAGGGGAGGCCGGGGGUCCGCCCACCACCCGCGAGUCAGAGCUGAAGCUGCGGCUUCGGUUGGUGGAGGAGGAGGCCAACAUCCUGGGGAGGAAGAUAGUAGAGUUGGAGGUUGAGAACCGAGGUCUGAGGGCUGAGCUGGAUGACCUCCGCGGUGACGGGGAUGGUGCCGGGAGCUCUGGGCGCGGAGCGACGGGUGGGUCGGGCGUGGGACGAGGUCUGGGCGAUGAUCUGACCGAGCUCCGACAGCAGCUGCAGCUGGUGGAGGACGAGGCCGAGCUCCUGAGGAGAAACCUGGCUGAUGCUGAGGAGCAGAACAAGAGGGUGACAGCAGAGUUGAACAAAUGGCGCUUCAAGGCCGGGACCCACGAGGGAGGAGCCAGGCACGGUGGAGGGGGUUCAGGAAGUGCAACGCCCGAUGGAGCCAAAUCAGAAAAUCUGCAAGAGGAGCUGAAAGCUGCAAGGCUGCAGAUCAAUGAUCUCAGUGGCAAGGUAAUGCAGCUUCAGUAUGAGAACCGUGUGCUCCUCUCCAACAUGCAACGCUACGACCUGGCUUCCCAUCUCUCCCUGCGGCCCAGCCCACGAGACAGCGACGCAGAAAGCGACGCGGGCGGGGCGACGAGCGGCCGCCGCGAGAGCGACGAGGACUCCACCUCGUCCCGCUUGCUCCCUCCUCAUCGCAAACGGGAGGGCCCCGUGGGCGGGGAAAGCGACUCGGACGAGGUGAGAAACAACAACGGCAGCAGCCGAUGCAUGACGCCCACGAGGGGCCUCCACACCCCACCGGGUCCCGAGGGCUCCGCCUCCUCUGCCUUGGCUCGCUUCCUCCCUGGCGGUCGCUGUAACCUCCGCGACAGGCAACAGCUGAUUGACAUUCGCGUGGAAGCGGAGAGGCUGGUGCGCACCAUCGACAGGCUCAUUGCCGACACGGCCACCAUCAUCUCCGAGGCGAGGGUGUACGUUUCCAAUGGCGAUUUGAUGUUCGGGAGGGUGGGGGAGGAGGGCGGAGAGGACGACGGGAGCAGGAUCAGGGAACAUGAACUACUUUAUCGCAUUAAUGCCCAGAUGAAGGCCUUCCGAAAAGAGCUGCAAGCUUUCAUUGACAGACUGGAGGUGCCAAGGCUCGAGGACAGAGAGGCAGAGGAGCCGCUGUCGAUGUUCCAACCAAUCAUUUUGCUCAUCCUUAUACUCGUCUUAUUCUCAUCCCUCUCUUAUGCCACUAUCUUUAAACUAGUCUUCCUGUUUACUCUGUUCUUUGUUCUGUGAUAUAAGCCAUCCUAUGUUCAAAUCAUCCCUGUUUGUGUUUGCUAUGUUGAUUUCAUUUUUCUUCCACCCCCUCCCACUCUCCUU